AUGUCUGCUGAAGAUCCAUUCAACUUGUAUAGCGAAUUUGACCCCGUUGCUCCUGCGAGCAAGAAAAAUGGGAGCAGGCAACAUCGUGGGGAAAGCAGCAGCAACCCUCCGACGAAAAAGGCUCAAACCGGGGAUCCUCCAGUAUCAGAUCCUUCCAAGGAAACAACACCUCCUCCAGCUCCCAUCAACCAGUCGUCUCCACCAGCCCCCGAGGACCAAACACUUCCUCCAUCGCCUGCCAACCAAACUCCUCCAACUCCUGCUGACCAAACCCCUCCUGAUCAGACAGUAGAGGCUUUGAUGAACAUGGCUCUCAAUUUGGCCAAAGAUAGGCUGACAAAGCUAUCGAGGCACCGACGCAGCCAAGAGGCCAUCGGCAAUACUGACUCCAUGGAAGUCGAGCAGAUCUUCAACCUUGUGUUGAACGAAGUGCUCAGCGGAGUUCUAACCAUGAGCGCUGUCUGGCGCUGCUCGAGGGCAUUGACUGCUCAAUACAAGAAGAGGCUUGGUGAACAACUCAGAGCGUCUGAGGAUAAACACGCUGGGGAGCUUAAGAUGGCUGAGGCCAAAUACACCAAGCAACUCGAGGAAGCCGAGAAGAAAAAUGCUGGAUUGCUCAGACAGAAGGCCAAGCUGGCCGAAGAGGUGAAAUAG